CGAUUUCGAGGAAAUAAUGCGUACGGUUAAUGCGGACGAUCAGCUUAAAUUGUUAAGCUUACGUCGCUCAUUACAUGGAAUAGCACGAGUGUUCUUAACGACGACAUCUGCACUCAACUAUCAUGAUUUGAGGAAGGCAGUUAUAGAUGAGUUCGACAGUGCAGUUACUCGCCACGACGUCUACAGAAUGUUGAGCGAAAGGAAGUGGAAGCCCCAAGAUGAAUCACUGCACUGUUACAUAUUGACUAUGCAGGCUCUGGCGAAACGUGGAUGUGUCCAGGAAACUGACGUCAUCGGAUUGAUCUUUGAUGGGAUCGGGAAUAAAAUAAACAAUAUAAAUUUACUUAUGCCAGCACAAUCACUGGACGAGCUGAAGAGGCUAGUGAAUCGCUACUAUUCCAAAUACCUCAAGCCAAAUUUUCAUACUGUUCGACGUAUGAUGCCUGCCGCUGCCGCAAAGCAACCAGCCGUUCCCGUCAAGCCGUCAGCCGCUGAUAAGCUUACUGCCGAGUCUGGAGAAAACAGCCAGCCACUAUGCUUCAACUGCUAUAAGAGGGGUCACAUAAAGCCAAUCUGCCCGUAUCCGAUGCGUCCGAAUGGGUCCUGCUUCCGGUGCUGGAAGAUGGGUCACGACCAUCAUUCAUGCACCAAUCCACGGAAAAUUUUGAAGCCCAUUGCCGACCAACCAGUUGCUGCCGUUUACGAAGACGACCUCGCCGAGCUGGAAUCGUUCAAUUUUUCCAACUAGCUUUAUGAAGCAAUCGUGUGUGCCGAAUAAUUGCCAAAUUUUAAGAGGACCACAACAAAAUUACCGCAGCAUU